AUCAUUUCAGCCACUGUGGACAACAACAGAAUGCUUCUGGACAUCGAUAAUGGCAAGAUGACUGGGGAUGACUUCCGGAUGAAGUAUGAGAACGAGCUGGUCAUCCGUCAGACUGUGGAGGCUGACAUCAAUGGCUUGAGAAAUCUCCUGGAUGACCUCACUUCCACUCGGUCUUCACUGGAAUCCGAGCUGGAGUCCCUGAAGGAUGAGCUGAUUUCUCUGAAGAGAAACCACGAAGAG